GGACACAGAUACAAAGGAUGGUCGGUAUCUUCUUAUAUAGGAAGCCAUGACUGAAAAUCCUUAAAUGCCUCAAAGCAUAUUUUUACCACAUGAUAAUUAUUGUUUUUCAUCGAUACAAUUUCAAAAUGUGCAUAAUAUGUGAGUGGGCCGUUCUCCUAACGUCCUUCGUGUCACCUUCACGUCACUGCUGCUACGAUCAGGUGCCUCCUCAAAUAGAUCAGUCCUGGAGUUCCAACACACCCUGCCGGUGUGUGGAUGUGUAAGUGAGGGUCUGUGUAAGUGUGAGCGAGUGGGUGCGCAGAGGCGUGGUCCGUUGCGUUGCACGUUGCUAAGACCAAAUUUGGCAUAUAAGCGCAAAAUGCGCAGCAGUCCCGUGCAGCAUUAACGGAGCCAACCGAGGAAUUCAACAGGUACCUGAACACACUUGUGAGCUCUCUGUCCCGAGUGGAUGUUGCAGACUUGUAGACCGGACUGCUUGCGCUCAAUCCGUGUGAUGGAUGGAUUUAAAGGCUCCUUGGAUUGGAAAAUUGUCAUUCUCCAGUGAACUACAGACGGCUUAACUCCAGGAAUAUUACACCUGGGAGAAAGGUUGGCGCAAUUUAGAGUAUUCCUCGCAGCAUCAGUGUUUUCCCCAUCAUGAGGAGGUCUAUUGUUUUCCCUGGCUUGCUGAGAGUAGCGAUCUUGUUCCUUUGCUUGAACACGACCAUCCAGGCCCUGGCCCUCACCAACUCCACCCGGCUCGAGUCCAUCCUGAAUAAGUAUACGAACAAAGAUGAGGAGUGGUGGAGGGCCAAGCCUAGGGGGAGGAGGGCCAUCAGCGAGGGAGACAUGCACCUCAUCCUGGACCUGCACAACAAACUGCGGGGUCAGGUCUACCCUCCUGCUUCCAACAUGGAGUACAUGGUAUGGGAUUACGAGUUGGAGAGAAGUGCAGAGCACUGGGCUCACACCUGCAGGUGGGAACAUGGACCAAGUCACAUGCUGACACAAAUAGGCCAAAACCUCGGAGCACACUGGGGCAGGGACCGGCCCCCAACCUACCAUGUCCAGGCCUGGUAUGAUGAGGUGAGGUAUUAUAGCUAUCCCUACGCCCAGGAGUGCAACCCACACUGUCCAUUCAGGUGUUCGGGACCUGUUUGUACUCAUUAUACUCAGUUGGUGUGGGCGACCAGUAAUCGCAUUGGCUGUGCCAUCAACGUGUGUUACAACAUGAAUGUGUGGGGAAUGAUCUGGGCCAAAGCAGUUUAUCUGGUGUGCAACUACUCCCCGCCAGGCAACUGGUGGGGUCAUGCUCCAUACAAAUAUGGGACUCCCUGCUCUGCUUGUCCAGCGAGCUAUGGUGGGGGAUGCAGGGACAACCUCUGCUAUAAACACGGAGGUGUUGACAGGCGUCCGGCUCCUGAGAUUGAGGAGACCAAUUACAUUGAACCCGAACCAGAACCAGUAAGAGACGGAGAGCCCCGACCCAGGGCUCAGGCACCAAGCACCUCGCCCAGUGACAACCUGGAAAGAGACAUGGUUCUCAGCACAGAGCAGAUGUGCCAACAGGUGGACUGUGAGACCAAGCUGAGGGAUCAGUGCAAGGGAACAACCUGUAACAGAUAUGAGUGCCCACCCGGUUGCCUUGAAAGGCCUGGAAAAGUAGUUGGGACUGGAUACUAUGAUAUGCAAUCCAGUGUGUGUGGAGCUGCGCUACACUUUGGUGUUCUUGACAAUGAUGGAGGAUGGAUCGAUGUGACCAGACUGGGCAGAAAACAACAUUUCACCAAGUCAUACAAGAAUGGUAUUCAAUCCAUUGGGAAAAACAGAAGUGCAAAUUCUUUUAAAGUUGAGUCUGUGCCUGGUAAGAAGUUCAUUUCUCAUAGCCACAGAAAUACUGUAGCAUAUUUUUUUUGCUGUGCUUUGUCAACUGUUUUUUUUCCAGUCAAGGCAGUAAGAUGUGAUACCACAGUGGCGGUUUUCUGUCCUUUCAAGAAGCCUGUACGACACUGUCCCAGGUUGUAUUGUCCUAGGAACUGUUUGCGUGACAGCCAAGCACGAGUUAUUGGGACAAAAUACUACUCAGAUAAGUCGAGUAUCUGCAGAGCGGCCAUUCAUGCUGGAGUGAUCAAGAACAAGUCAGGAGGUUACCUUGAUGUGAUGCCAGUGGACAAGAAGAGGCAUUAUAGCGGCAGCUAUCAGAAUGGCAUCACCUCAGAAAGCCUACCAAACCCCACAGGAGGAAAAGCCUUCAGAGUGUUCGCAGUCAUCUGAAAACCACUCAAAAGACAAAGUACCCUCAAACGUGUCCACUUCAAAUCCAGCAAACCUACUCAUUAUCAAUUUACAACCUAUAAUUAUGUAAAUUCCUACAGUGAGCACAUCAGUGUUACUGAUACUGUCACUAAAAGUGUAACUCAAGGCUUCCCUUCUAUCUUUGGCCAUGACUGAAUCACUGUCCAGUAAUAAUGUAGCAAAGGAUGUUUGGCAAAUGAUGUCUGCUGUCUCAUAUCUUUCCCUAAAUAUCUUGAGCUGACCAUAGACAUGAUACCACGACAACCUGUUUUUAGCUUUCAAAGCUGUGUUUAAAGCACCAGAUUUAUUACCUUUCCAGCCGCUUCAUGUCAUUUUAAAAAGACUAAAAUCAGCUGUGUUUGCUGACUAAUUUAAAAAGUGCACGCAUCACGUCUAUAUAGAAAAAAGGAAGGUAAAACACUGUUUCAAUUUAAUCAGUCCUAGGUGUGUCUAUGGAAGAACAAAUUGGCCAUAUUAACAUAAUAUAAGAUAAUGAAGUAUAAAAUGACAAAAAAAUCCAAAACAUAUACAUGUUAUUACAGAUACUGGCUGCAAAUCCUAAAUACAGAUUCCUUCAAAUAUGCAAAGUGGGAUCCUCAUGGCAUAAAUGUAUCAAUUUAUCACAAUGCUGAAGUCAUACUGUCAGUUUAACAUGCACAGAAAGGCAUUUUAAAUAAGAAUACAAUUUUGAAUUAACAUUAGAGAAUCCUAGCGUUUACAUAAAGACACAAUACUUUGAGCAGCAUUCAUCACUGGCACAGAAAUUAUUAUUAGUUUGGGUUUUCUGAUACAUCUGGUUGGGGUCUCCAAAUAUUCUAUAUCUGGUUAUAGUGUUAAUAUAUACACUUAACAUGCAUAUUACAUAUUUUUGUAUAUAAUGUUGUAAAUAAUAAUGAAAACAUGCUUGCUAUUCUCCUCUUUUUAAUGUACAAUUUAACAGCCAUGCAAGUCAAUACACAGUAAAUGCCACAACAGCUUCUGUAUGCAGAACAUGCAUCUGCCCCUCAAGCUUUUAUUGUCGUUUUUGAUGACCGCCAUAGAGUGAAUAUGUUGAUAUGACUGUAAAUAUUGUAUGUGUGCAUGUGUAACAGAUAUUUUUAUAUUUUAUUCUGCAUUCCUAGCUCUUGGUUUUGUUUUGUUUUUUACAUUUUUAUAAGUCAACCUGGCUGGCCAGGAAUGUGCAUGGCAUAAUCUUAAUUCCCACAAAUUCUUAAAAAGUAUUAAAAAUGUACAAAAGUACAUAUUGUGUCAUUCUC